GAAGGGUGCGGCAGCGUCGACUGGGACAUCAUCGAAGCCGUUCGUCGGCCCGCUGCUCAUCCGCUAUGUGAGCUCCACGCCGAUCGGCAAACCAAGACCGCCCGGCAUGUGCGGCUGUUGCGGCUGCGUCGAGGGCGAGGAGAAUGUGUUUCCAGAUGUUAAGAUGCCUGGGGAGCCGAUUGUUAAGUUCAUGCACGGGUGUAGCUACCAUUUCCAUGGGUAUUGCAGGGUGCAGUGGUAUUUGGACCACCAGUGGACACACAUGCGCGCACGGGCAAACGGAGACGAGGAACUGGUCGAGGCAUUCGAAGCAACAUGUGAGAUCUCAGAUGGUAAGGCCUGUGCCCCCGCUGGCCCUCGCGACGUGAGCUUGAAACAGGACGCGGGCUUCACGGUUUAUUCGGACUGCCUCUUGAUCAACGGGCAGCAGCGCAAGAGGGAUCUCGCCCCCGCAGGCGCAGAGCAAUUGGUCCCGUCGGACGCUGGCGAGCGCACCAGCGAGCUGAAGAACGAGCACCACUCGGAGAAGUUGUCAGGCGUAUUGGCGGUGGACCCGUCUCAGCCUUACGUUAAGGUUCGCAAGUGGUCCAGCACGUACGGGUCUCAUUCGGAGUGGGCGUUGCAGGCGUCGGAGUUUUGCCGCGACCAGCAAGCCUCGAGCAUGGCUGCUGCGAUUGGUAAGUACACCAGGGAGUUGUUGCCGACUGCCUUACGUGGACACGUUGCUGUUCACACCAUUUCGGAGGUCAAGAAGCGCGCCGUCGGGGCAGCGAGGGCCGAGGGAUUGCUGGCUCCUGUGCCGUCGACCCCCCGCGCGCCAGCCGAUUGCGAGGAGGCUGAGACGCCAGCGGCUGGUCGGAGCCCUGGCCCGAAAGCCAUCUGCGACGUCAGCCCUUCGCCAGCCGCUGCUUGUGGCCUGGAUGGCCCCGCGUCGCCCUCGGGGAGCGCGCCGCUUGGUUCUCCCGCCAUUCCGAUGCCAGACCGAACUGGCGGUGUAGCGGGCGCUGCGCACGACGAUCUUGCCGAGGAGAAGUCGAUUGUCAGCGCGAGCGCGGGCCCUCUGAGGUGCGGCCAGAGCACUGUGGCUUUGGGCUUGGACGACCCCGACAUGAUCCGCUUCAAGGAGCUCGAGGCCAACAUCGACAUCUGCCGCAUCUUGAACAAGGGGAAGGCCAGGCUCAAAUUGCUGGGCGGCCUGAAGCACUGCAAGAUUAACGGUGCCUUCAGUUUUAUGAUGAAGCUGGUCGCGGCGGCUGUCAGGGAGACGACGCGGUUCAUCUGGGACCAGUUCUCGGUCAAGGAGCCCACCUUCGCACUCGUCGGGCUCCAGCCCGACAAGGUCGCCAAGGUGAGCAGGGAGUUCAUCAUCAACAACGUCGUGCUUCCGCUGACCACGAAGCGCGCGGCCGACGCCGAUGAAUUGCUAGAGGUGGCCGAGGCUUCCAGCGAGCAUGUUGGAUCUGAUAAGCUACGCGACGCAGUUCCCGAGGAGCUAAAGUCAGUGGCUCAGGAGCUCUACGUCUUCUCGGAGAGCUUGAAGGCAUUGCUAGAUGCGUCUCCUUCCCCCAUCAUGGAUUGCCCCUGCAGGGUGGAGGCCCGCGCUUUCCUUCGCGAGGAGGGGGGCGAGGAGGACUGGAGGAUCGUCGUCUUCACGUUCGGCAAGGGCCUGAAGGACUGCCUCGCCGAGUACAACAGGGCGUGCCACAGCGACAUCAAUCGCGGCAAGACGGUCAAGGAGUCCACCGAGCUGCUGGGCAGGAGCGACAUCACGAUUGACAACUACGUGGCCGUAUCUGGCGGCUUGUGCGAGCGGGGCAACCAGUUACGCACGGGUGGGGCCAACAACUUGUUGAGGGCGAUUUGCGAGUCGUUGGGGAGUUGGGUCAAGAAGAUCUCAUCAUCUGACUCAUCACCCGACCAGCCCACCCCCGACGCGUUGAAGUUAAUGGGGUCGAAGUUCCAGGCGUUCAUCUGCAAGGCGGUCGAGUUCAGGGGAGCGGGCUCGGCCCACCUCACUCAGCUUCAAGAGUUGGCGGCUGAGCUCCGCGGGUAUGCGGGGUCCGCUGCGUCUGCGGCCCAAGGGGAUGCACUUGCCACCGCGUGCCGUGCAUUGGCAUUGGCUCCCGAGAACGAGGAAUUGAUUUCGGCCGUGCGCGCGGCUCGCCAGCAGUGCAUUGGGAUGAAGUUCGCCAGAGUCAACACGGUUGCGAGCAUGAUCGCGUGCAUCGAUACUUGCGCGUCGCGCUCCGUUGCCUUGCCCGCCGACGCCGUCAGCCCCGACUGCGCGGCUGACAGCGCCGCUGAUGAGAUGUUGAAGCUCCUCGGCGUUGCUUGGCCGCUCGCGGUGGACCACAUCGAGGCGAGUGGGGCCGCGAUCACUUCCCUUGCGACAGCUACGACUCGCAUUGACGCCCUGUUCCAGUUCGCGAAGGUGCUGAAGGCUCGGGGCACGUUCGACCAGACGAACGGGGAUCAGGAUGACGA